AUGUCCGCCCUCCUCGCGUCGUCGGCGGCACCGCGCGCGCGCGUCGCUCCGCGCGCGUCCGCCGUCUCGAACCGCGGCGUCGCGCGCCGCGCGUCCGUCGCGCCGCGAGAUCCGCGUCCGCGUUUAAACGACGACGACGGACGCGUCGUCCUCCGACGAAACGACGUCCGCGCGCGCGCGUCCGCGGCGUCGUCCGCGACGCCGUCGUCGUUCCCAUCCUCGCCGUGGCCGCGCUCCGCGUCACACGACGACGACGACGACGACGCCGCCGCGUCGCGCCGCCGCAACAACGUCGUCAGGAAGAAGGUGGCCGCGCGCGACUUCCGCCACCCGCUGGACCAGCAGAACACGUCGCUCCUGGAGGCGAUCCCGGGCCUGUCGAACAUCACGAAGAGCAUCGUGACGCCGGUCGCGGAGCAGAUGCUCAUCAUGGAGCAGAUAUCAACCUCCGUGCUCGUGGGUCCGAACCAGCUCCCGAGCGUGCAUCAGCUCGUCAUCGACGCCGCGGAGGUGCUGGACGUGAAGCCGCCGGCGUUGUACAUUCGUCAGUCGUCGCAGCCGAACGCGUACACGCUCGCCAUCUCCGGCGCGUUCUAUACACUGCCCGUCGUGGUCGUCCACACCGCGCUCGUCGAGCUCAUGUCCCCCGCGGAGCUGCGCGCGGUCAUCGCGCACGAGCUCGGGCACUUAAAGUGCGACCACGGCGUGUGGCUCACGGUGGCGAACUUGCUGACGCUCGGCGCGGAGAUCACGCCGCUCGUGCCGUCCUUCGUGGCGGCUAACUUUAAUGACGAAUUGAUGCGUUGGGUCCGCGCCGCGGAGCUGUCGUGCGAUCGCGCCGCGCUGCUCGUCGCCGGCGACCCAUCCGUGGUCGUCUCCGUGCUCAUGAAACUCUCCGGGGGGUGCCCGAAGCUGUCCGGGCAGCUCAACGUGGACGCGUUCCUGGAUCAAGCGCGCGGGUACGACGAGGCGACGGCGUCGCCGCUGGGGUGGUAUCUGCGAAACGCGCAGAAUAAACAGCUGACGCAUCCGCUGCCGGUGGCGCGCGCGAGAGAGAUCGACAAGUGGGCGAGGGAUGGGGGGUACAGGAGCUUGGGGAUCGCGCCGGCGGCGGCCGCGCCGGAGGAGUUGUAG